CGAAUAAAAAGAGGUUGAAAAAUGCCGAAGGUCGUGUCCAGGAGUAUAAUAUGUUCUGACACAAAGGAUCAAGAGGAAUACAGCGAAGAGAAGCCCUUGCACAUCUAUUAUUGCUUGUGUGGGCAAAUGACGUUGAUUCUUGAUUGUGCAAUUGAGAAAUUACCUCUGAGGAAGCGUGAUGGGGCACGAGUGAUUGAUGGCAGCAAACGAGCUCACAAAAUGACAUGUGAGCAGGACGAAACUGUAUUCUUGAAACGUCAAGAGGGAAUCGAAAAGCAGUAUCGACAGAAAUGCAAAAAAUGUGGAUUAUUAUUAUAUUACAAGCACGACCCUUUGGCGAAUAUCGUGUUCGUAGUGAAAGGAGCUGUCAUCAAAAGCUCGGGAGAAGGUCCAAUGACUGAUAUAUACAAUCAGGUGGCUAUUGAGAAGCCAAAGAAAAUCAUGGUCACCAAGCACACGAAAAAUAUGGGGAAAUUCAGCUCGGUGACAGUCUCUACGAUAGAUGAAGAGGAGGAUGAAAUAGAAGCGAGAGAAGUCGCCGAUUCCUAUGCAAAUAAUGCACGAAUUAUUGAAAAACAAUUGGAGAGGAAGGGCAUGACCAAGAGGAAAACAAUGCCUCCACCAGAAGUCGAUCCAUCCAAGAGAUCGAGACCUCGAGGAACUCUUCUAGAUGUUUAAUUAGUCUUUAUUAUAAGUAUAUUAAUACCAUCAACUUUUGUGGAACGAUAUCUUAAGUAAAAUACCUGCAGAUUUUAUUAAUAAAAAAAAAUAAUUGAAGUGAA